AUGGGGUGGGGGCUGCUGGGCGUGGGGCUGGUGCUGGCCCUCUACACCCUCAUCCGCCACGGGCUGCGCCGGGCUCUGCCGCCCCUCGUCUGCCCUGUGCUGCACGGCCGAACAGCCAUUGUUACCGGGGGAAGCGGCGGCAUCGGGGCGGCCACGGCGCUGGAGCUGGCCCGCGGUGGGGCACGAGUGGUGCUGGCGGCCCGCAGCGCCUCCCGGGGAGAGGCCACGGCCCGCCGCAUCCGCACGGAGACGGGGAACCCCAACGUGAGGUUCAUGCAUCUGGAUCUGGCCAGCCUGCGCUCGGUGCGAGCCUUUGCCAGCGCCUUCCUGCGGCAGGAGCCCCACCUGCACCUCCUCAUCAACAACGCGGGCGUGAGCGCCGGGGGCACGACAGAAGAUGGCUUUAGCCUCUCCUUCCAAGUGAAUCACCUGGGCCAUUUUCUGCUCACACAGCUGCUUCUGGAGCGGCUGCAGAGCUCUGCACCCAGCCGGGUUGUCAUCAUCGCCUCCAGCGCCCACUGCGCCGGCCGCCUGCGCCUCAACGCCCUAGGCCAUCCGCCCCCCGGGAUGUUCUCGACCUUCCAGGACUACUGUGACAGCAAGUUGGCCAAUGUGCUGCAUGCCCGUGAGCUGGCCACCUGCCUGCAGGGCACCGAGGUGACCUGCUAUGCUGUGCAUCCAGGGUUUGUGGACACAGAGCUGUUCCGCCACACUCCGCUCUGGCUCAAGCCGCUCUGGCUGCCGCUGGUCCGGUGCUUCUUCCGCACAGCAGCCGAGGGGGCUCGGACGCCGCUGCACUGCGCCACGCAAGAUGGCAUCGAGCCCCUCAGCGGGCGGUACUUCGCCAACUGUCACCCACAAGAGCCGUGGCCACUGGCCCGUGAUGACCGGCUGGCCCAGGCACUCUGGGAGGCCAGUGAGAGGCUGGUGGGGCUGGCAAGGGCCCAGGGGGAUCCUGUGCCUGCUGCCACCGAGUUCGGAUAAUAAAAUGAUGGUGGU